UUUAUCAGUUUAACACAUAGCCACAUCCAAUUUUCAUACCUUUAUCAAAAAGGAACGUUUAGUUCAUAAAAAAGGACGAACUUUGCAACACGUCUUGGCUAGUGUGAAUUUUUUUAUGUAUUUCUGCAGGAUAAAUCAUACAAGGAUGAUUAAAAGUCGCACACUUUACCGCUGUAUUUUUUAAUGAGACAUACAUAGCCAGGAAUAGCAGAUAAUAAAAGUUUCCAUUGGUAUCCUUCCUCUUCAGAAAUUCAGUUACUCUCGGUGGUUAUAUGUCAAGAAUGAACCUAAUCUUAAUAAAGACAGUUGCAGCUGCAUUACCGAUAACAGUUCAUACGAUUGGUUUAAUUACGUAUUAUUACGCCAAAGACUAUCAAAUCGAACCCAAUACCUAUGUACUUCUUGUAAAUUUAAGUUUAUCAGAGCUGGCUAUCGUGGCUUCACAAUUGAGCAGGCACAUCUUGCAGCUAUGCCAUGCUGAUUCGGUUUACGUGUACUAUCUGGCAGUGAUUGAGUUUCUUGGAGCUUCUGUUCUCUAUCUGCUUUUUAUGAUUGUGCUAACUGUUGACCGAUACUUAAGGAUACACUUUAACAUAAGGUAUCCAACAAAAGUUACAAGACGGCGCACAAAACACUUAUUGUUAACGAUUUGGUUACUUGUUUUCAUUGGAACUGCAUUAUUUAUGGCUAUACACAAAGCAAACGAAAAUAGUUUGAUGAGGAUAUGUUAUUUAUACUUAUAUCCAAUUGUUGAUAUGAUAUUUCUUGUUGCAGCUCUUUACACGUAUUUUUUCGCGUUAAAGAAGAUGAGACAUAACAAUAAGAUUUUGGCACCUCCAAUGGGGUACAAAAGAAAACGAACCGCGAAAGUGAUUAAAGUGAAACAAUAUAAAGGAUUGCUGGCCGUGACAUUGAUCAUUUCAACCUUCCUUGUAUUUAUUGUUUCCAUGGACCAAAUGAUCUUUUACUCAAUCCUUCUUGACAUCAACUUGGGUAUAUACUUGGAGACAUAUAUGUUUGUUUCCUACAACAUUGGAUUCUCAACUGAUGUUUUUAUCUAUAUUUGCAUGGUGCCAGCUGUGAUGAAGGCAUUCAGGAAAAAAAUAUUGCGUAGAAGGUGAUGCAAAUCUUGGAAUUGUUAUUUUGUAUCAAUGAAAUUAAUGGGCCAGUUACAAAAAUAUAAAUCGUAUCAAAUGGACAUUUUAAUUUAAGAGUUUUUUCGCCUAAAAUCAGUGGAAAAUGUGAUGAUAACCAAAGAACCAUACUCCAAUUCGUUAUGUUGAUGAUUUAUUGUCUGUACAAAAGAAUGUUUCACCUUUAUUGUUGGAAACAAACCAUUAUGUUCAAACCCUUUGAAAUCCGACUACCCUUCCUUUUUACUGAACAUCUUAUGAGCAGAAAUCAUAAAAACUUGUUUACAACUUCCAGGGUAAUCGCAACAGAAUAAGUGACGUUGACUCAGUUAAAAAGUUUGAACCAGAACUAACGUUAAAUAUUUUGAUGAAAAGUUGUAUAUAUCAUUUACAAAAUUUGCAUUAUCUCUUGUUGUAGUUACCAAGGUGUAAGAAGUACACCAAAAUGACCAAAACGUCUAUUAAUGUACGCAUAUACUUAGAGUAAAAGUUAUGGUUGAA